UAAAAAGUUAGCAAGAAUUUAAUUCCUCCCUACCCUCAAGAGGAAAUUGCUUGAGGGACAUGCUUUAGAAGAGACAAAUUGCUUUUCUUUCUUCUCUCUCCUUCUCCCAUUAUCGUUCUCUCCCUCUCUUUCUCUCCCCCAUAGGAUCUUAUCUUCCAUUUUUGUUGGGUUUAUUUUGGAGAAGCAGUAGAGGAGGAGAGAGGAGAAGAAAGGAUUCACUGUGUGAUGGGCAUAAGAGGAAACACAAGAAAUGACUUGGUGCAAUGACUGUAACGAUGUUCAAACCAUUGAAAGAAGUUCCCCAGUUCCUUCAACUACAAGUUCUAACAUUGCUCAAAGACAUAAAGACAGCCUACUCAGAAGCUGCCCUUCUUGUGGUCACCAGAUCAAAUGCCAAGAUCAGGCGAGAAUCCAUGAUUUGCCAGGGCUGCCUGCAGGAGUGAAGUUUGAUCCGACUGAUCAAGAACUGCUUGAGCAUUUGGAAGGACAGGUGAAGUCUGAUUCUCGUAAGAUUCAUCCUCUAAUCGAUGAGUUCAUCCCCACAAUUGAAGGAGAGAAUGGAAUUUGCUACACUCACCCAGAAAAGUUGCCAGGAGUUAGCAAGGACGGCCUAGUUCGCCACUUCUUUCAUCGGCCUUCAAAAGCAUACACAACAGGAACAAGAAAAAGAAGAAAGGUACACACAGACACAGAAGGUGGCGAGACUCGUUGGCACAAAACAGGCAAGACAAGACCAGUUUUCGUAAGUGGAAAGUUGAAAGGCUACAAGAAGAUUCUAGUGCUUUACACCAACUACGGGAAGCAAAAAAAGCCUGAGAAGACCAACUGGGUAAUGCAUCAAUACCAUCUUGGUAAUAACGAGGAAGAGAAAGAAGGAGAGCUCGUGGUUUCAAAAGUUUUCUACCAAACACAGCCUAGACAGUGUGGUUCAUCUAUGAAAGACUCUUUCACUUCAAAGUUGAAGGGUCAAAGUGGUCAUGAAGGGGCUAAUAGCCUUAAGAAUUCCAGUGUUGUUGAGUAUUACAGUCCUUUUAUAUCCUUUGAUCAGGGGAGCCAUACCAGAGGAAACCCUCCUCCUCCUCAAUUGCUUCAACAUUUUGCAGUCCAUGAUGGGUCUUCUUUUAUCCCUUGAAAAAUAAAAGGCACCACCUGAAAACUGUGGAGAAGACAAGCUUAGCUUGCAUGAUGUGGUGGUCGUGCAAGACACAGAGGCUCCACUUAUCUUGGAAUGGAGAAAUAAAUAACUAUGUAUAAACAUUUUAAUGUUGUUAACUAGGGCAAAGGGAGAAAACAUGGGAAAGAAUAAGGUUUCAAUAGGAACCAGAUUCUUCAGGUUUAAAUUUGGAGAUUCUGGCUAGCUACAGCUUUCUCUCUCUCUCUCUGUCUCUCUCUCUUUUUUGUUUUUGUUUUUUUUUUUUUUUUUGACCUUUUUUUCCUCGUUAUAAUUUCUGUUUUAUGAUGCAUAUGCAUUGGCUUUGUACAGAGUGAGAUAUCUUGUGCAACCUGGGAAACUGUACAAAGAAGAUAAUUAAUAUAAAUAUUCUAACUUUGAGUUA